CAUCAAAACAAAAUCAAUUACAGAUCAAUCCUGAUUCCUGACAAUAGUGCACAACCCAACUUCUAUCUUCUUUUUUACAAAAUUAUAAAAACUGCACGCAACUGUUAUUGAUCACCUUGAUCCAAAUCAUUCCUCGUUUUUUCUAGCUAGGUUGAUCGAGAUUCCAGACAAUGAUAUCUUCAAUUAAUUUGUAUGGUGCUAAAUUAUUUUAGUCAUUGUACGGGUGUGUUACCAGCUAGCAGAUAGCACUCUUACCCGUAUGAGAUAAAGAACAAUAAAAGCCGCUACUGGCCUCGCGACUCCUUACCAACCCUAUCCUAUGGCCGAUAGCAGAACCAGAUCUUCUGUCGGUAAAGUCAACGGGUCGCUAUCUCCAGGAUAGGCCCCGAAUUAUCCGUACACCCGACCCGUUCCUAUAUAUAUGGAUCGCAUUUAUUGUAAAAGAUCUUACCACGGAAUCAAAGUUAUCCAACCAGCUCGGCCUCUCCAACCGUUCCUAACCCAUACUGGAACAGUCAUCAUUCAAUUAACCUAUGACAGUAUGGCAUGAAAUCAAUUCAAGAACCUUUUAUUUUGGAAUAUUCAACCCAUUUACAAGCUUAUAUAUAGCUCGAUCAUUGCAACAAAUUUUCCUACACGUUAUUAUAUACUUCCUAGUUCCUACAUUUUGUUACCCAAAAAAGCGGAAAAAAAGAGAGAGGAUAGAAUGGGGUCAGCAGCUGAAAUACAGCAAGUACUUCGCAUGAAAGAGGGGAUUGAUGAAACCAGUUACGCAAAAUCUUCAUACAUUCAGAAACAGGUGUUGUCAUUAACAAAACUGGUGAAAGAAAAGGCCAUAAGAGAACUCUAUUGCAGAGAACAUCCGGCAACCAUAUGCAUAGCAGACUUGGGUUGUUCCUCUUCAGAGUCGAACACCUUAAGCGUGGUUUCCGACCUCAUAGAAACCGUUGAAGAUGCUCGUCGAGACAUCGGAAACGGGCCGGUAGAGUAUCAAGUUUACUUGAAUGAUCUUCCAAAGAAUGAUUUCAAUACAAUUUUUCAGUCAUUAUCAAGCUUUAAGGAUAAGCUCAAGCAACAAUUAGGAGAUGAUUUUGGGCAUUGUUUUGUGAAUGGUGUACCUGGCUCCUUCUAUGGAAGGCUUUUUCCCUCAAACCACUUGCAUUUUGUGCAUUCUUCAUAUAGCCUCCAUUGGCUAUCUCAGGUACCCGAAGGAAUAGAGGAUAACCGGGGAAACAUCUACAUAGCAAGAACAAGCCCCCCUCAUGUGAUUAAAUCUUUCUAUAAGCAAUUUGAAAAGGACUUUUUAAUGUUUCUAAAGUGUCGAUCCGAAGAGGUUGUGGCAAGAGGGAUGAUGGUGCUAACAAUUUUAGGAAGCAGUAUCUAUAAUGAACCAUAUAAUAAGGAAUCCUGCCAUAUGUGGGAGCUUCUUGCUACUGUCCUAAAUGAUAUGGUUUCUGAGGAAUUGAUAGAUGAAAAGAGGCUAAAUUCAUUCAACAUCCCGCAAUACUCCGCAACGGCAGCAGAGUUGGGUGUUCUGGUGGAGAAAGAAGGAUCUUUUACUAUGAAUCACGUUCAUACAUCUGAAGUUAGCUGGGAAGUAAACGAAAAUGAUGAGAAUUCAUAUGAUCAUUAUGACUUUGUUAAAUGCAUACGAUCCGUAGCAGAGCCUUUGCUCACAUGUCAUUUUGGCAAAGCCAUAAUCAAAGAGUUGUUCCAGAGAUAUGAGGAUGUCGUUCGAGUUUCGAUGUUUGAAGAGAAGACCGUGUUCGUCAAUGUUACUAUAUCCUUGACAAGAAAUGGCUGAUUAAUUAAUUAAGCAAAAUUUCCUAUUCAUAAGGAGCAACAUUUUCAAACCUUCCCUUUGUAAAGCUUGUUUCUUUUGGUCUAAGGUUCAAAUCCUACCAUCA